CCCUUCCUAAGGUCUUUGUGGUGCUGAGUCGUCUUAUUUCUCUCUAUCCCCUUUUGAGGGUGGUGUUGGUGGCUCCCCUGUCCCACUGUCCUCCACAGCGCUGGUGCUGCAGGAUGGAAUGGAUCUGCUGCUGGCCAAUGUGAGGACCCACUGGGUGCUGCUUGUCAGACCGGAAGUGCUGCUGGUGUAAGAGCCGUCACCUCCGAUCCUUGGGGCAGUGCUGUGCUCAGGCCGCUCAUUUGUUCACAGAUACCCACUCACACCAUCCCCACGGUGGUAUGAAUGUCCUCCUGAUAAUUGUGGAUGACCUCCGUACAAGCCUCGGCUGUUAUGGUGACAGUAUUGUUAAGUCUCCAAACAUUGAUCAGCUGGCAUCUCAAAGUGUACUGUUCACAAAUGCAUAUGCCCAGCAAGCGGUGUGUGCUCCCAGCAGGGUGUCCUUCUUAACAGGAAGAAGACCGGGAACUACCAAACUGUUCGACUUCAACUCCUACUGGAGGAAGCAUGCCGGGAACUACUCCACUCUCCCCCAGUAUUUUAAAGAACAUGGCUAUGUAACUAUGUCAGUUGGAAAAGUGUUUCAUCCAGGUAUUUCAUCUAAUCACAGUGAUGACUAUCCAUACAGUUGGUCAGUUAGACCUUUCCAUCCAUCUUCUGAGAAGUAUGAGAACACAAAGACCUGCAAGGGUAAAGAUGGGCAACUUCAUGCCAACUUGGUUUGUCCAGUCGAUGUGUCUGAGGUUCCAGAGGGAACAUUACCAGAUAUACAGAGCACAGAAGAAGCUGUCAGACUCUUAAAGAUCGUAAAGCAGCAGAAUUCUUCAUUCUUCUUAGCAGUUGGUUAUCAUAAGCCUCAUAUUCCAUUCAGAUUUCCAAAAGAGUUUCUAAAGCUAUAUCCCAUUGGGAACGUUUCCUUGGCACCUGAUCCGGACAUACCCAAGAAUCUCCCUCCUGUUGCUUACAACCCAUGGACAGACAUUCGGAAGCGAGAAGAUGUUCAGGCUUUAAACAUCAGUUUUCCAUAUGGCCCAAUUCCACCUCAUUUCCAGCGCCUGAUACGCCAGAGUUACUUUGCCUCCGUUUCUUACCUUGAUGGCCAAGUUGGACAAUUGCUGAAUGCGGUGGAAAAUAUGGGAUUUUCAAAUGACACUAUCAUUGCGUUUGCUUCUGAUCAUGGAUGGUCUUUGGGAGAACACGGUGAAUGGGCAAAAUACAGCAAUUUUGACGUGACUACUCGUGUGCCAUUGAUGUUUUAUAUACCAGGCGUGACCAAUACGGGCCAACCACAGCAGAACAUCUUUAUGUACAUAGAUCCCUUUAGCAGAGAAGCCAGGAGAAAGCUUCCAGGCAAAAUCAAGACAGAUCCUGUUGAAUUAGUGUCUCUAUUUCCAACACUUGCUGAGCUUGCCCAGCUCCCCCUUCUACAAGAGUGUCCUGUUCCUUCAUUUCAUGUAGAGCUAUGCACUGAGGGUCACAGCCUUGCUCCAUACUUCAAAGCAUCUGCUGAUGGGGAGUACAGUGCCGGAACCGUUGCUUACAGCUCUUACCCUCGGCCUUCUGAUACCCCCCAGUGGAAUUCUGACCUCCCUGAUCUCCAAGAUAUAAGAAUCAUGGGAUAUUCAAUGAGGACAUGUGACUAUAGAUAUACUCUAUGGGUUGGGUACAAUCCUGUUACAUUCAGGGCCAAUAUUACGGACAUCCAUGCACAAGAGUUAUAUUUAAGCAAAAUAGAUCCAAAUGAAGACCACAACUUGUUUAAUGCUUCUAUACAUUAUGAUCUUACGAGCAAGAUUCUUAGACAUAUAAUGAAAUGAUUGACAUUGAUAUGAAAAGGCCCAAAAAUAUUUUCUUUCACUGACAGUGGACAUCUCAGUCCUUGUGUAGUUGGAUGCACGGAUGCACACUAGGGAAGGGCAUUGUAGCAUCAUUAGCAUAAAGUCACAUGUACAACUGUAGCAAAAGACGCAAAGAAGGCCCCAUCUGCGUCCAACUUACACUCAGACAUCUAUCUAUACAUAUUAUGUUAUACCACUACCUGCGAGCCUCUGCGUCCGCUACUGUGUGUGUGUGUGUGUAUGUAUGUAUGUGUGUGUGUAUGUAUGUAUGUAUGUAUGUAUGUAUAUAUAUAUAUAUAUAUAUAUAUAUAUACAACAAAUACCCAGUAAUGUUUAAAUUAAUGAAAGAGAUGUCCAAAAGUGGUAAUAAGACGGGCCUUGAAGUGACGUUUUAACAGUACACACUAUGCUAGGAGGUAGAUAGGUGCUCAAAUAGAGAAGAUGUGUUGUUCAACUGCAUAUUUUAGAAAUUACUUUUAAACAGAAGAAAAAGAUGAGGGUACAAAAAAGACCCUCGCACUAUAUAUAAAAACAGAAAUUGGAAUGGCUUUUACUUUCAGCAAGCCAAUAAAACAAGAAUUGUUACUUGGUCUAGAGCAGUGGUGGCCAACGCGUGGCUCUUGAGCCACAUGCGGCUCUUUCUUGAUUCAAAUGUGGCUCCCAACACUCAAAGUCACGUGACCACAAGAGAUCUAUAAACCGCUGCACUCCAGCCAGACAUGCAGCAGCACUACGUAGACUGAGAACUGAGGGAGCCAAAUACACAAGGGAGAGCUGGCUGGAGUGACACAGGCGGGUGCUGGCUGGAGUGACACAUUGGGGAACUAAAGUGUAUUAUGUGAAUCUGGCUUUUCAAUAUAUUUUAUGCGGAUCUGGCUUUUUCAGUUAUUUGAUGUAGAAGUGGCUCUUUCAUUAUAUUUUAUGUUGGAUCUGGCUCUUUCAAUGUAUUUUAUACCAGGGGCGUUGCCUAGCAGGCACAAGGUCACACCACAUUUUUGCAAGUGCGCCUUCGACUCGAAGUCGGCUCUUUGAUGUACCUAACAAGAUUUCUUGGCUCUUUGUCUCUGACUGGUUGGCCACCCCUGGUCUAGAGCAAAGCAUUGGCCAAGGAUUAUUUAUACAUAUGGCUUCGCUGGAUGAUUUGUAUUUAGUAUACACCUGUACACAAAAAAUCGGAUAGCUUCUCUUUUAAAAAACACACAUUUAUUACAAACAAUAAGCUGCUAACAGCUUUGUAUCUAAAGCACUUUAUUAAAUGUUAAAACCCAGGCUUUUUUUAUUUUUACAAACUCUCCACUGGAGGGCAGCAGCCUCAUGCCUAAAUUUCAGUGCUCCACAGAAUGCGAUCAGUAUUAGCAGGCUGAAUGUGUUUAAAACUAACCUUUUCUUGUUUUGCAGGGGAAGAUUUCGUUUUUUUUCAUUCUCUCCCUUUUAUUUGUAAUUGUUUCAUUAUUUGUAAUGUAUUGUAGAUUAGUAUUGUUCCCAGCUACUAUGGAUGAGUAAUCAAUACACAGUGUUUAAACAAUGGAAUUUUUUACAUAUUUAGAUAACAAUUAAAACUUGAGCUUCAAGUUGACAACACAA